AAGUGAUUUGACACUGAGUUGCUGUAUACCAACAGGUUUGAAAGUAAUAGAAGUGAGCAGCGCACAUAGACUGACUUGGUGGACAUCAACAGUGAUAACCGAUUUCAUACAACAAGUAUUAUCAGACUGAGGAUCUAAGCUCCAGUGAUGGUGAGUGUGGCUAGGCUGGUGUUGAUGCUGGGGCUUCUGCUGUGUCUGGGAGCCCAGCUGUCCUCCUCCCAACACUGGUCCCAUGGCUGGUACCCAGGAGGCAAGCGGGAACUGGACUCAUUUACCACCUCUGAGAUUUCAGAGGAGAUUAAACUCUGUGAGGCAGGAGAAUGCAGCUACCUGAGACCACAGCGAAGGAACAUCCUUAGGAACAUUCUUUUGGAUGCCCUGGCCAGAGAAUUCGAGAAGAUAAAGUAACCUUACAACUGAAGCUGACUUAAAUCCUUCCUUGUCUAUCUGUUUAUUUCAAAUUACCGCUAUUCUAAUCUUAUGUCCUUUGAUCCAAUUUGAUUGUUUAUCAAUCUUGAUAAUAUGUCACAUCCCUCCUUUACCCUUGCACCCCCUGUAUUGUCCCUUUAGACUCAAUUACAGAUGUAGCA